AUGGCCGACUACGACGAAGCCUACGAGGAUGAGUUUUACGACGACGCGGAUGAGGGAAUCACCUCCGAGGACUGCUGGUCCGUCAUCUCUUCCUUCUUCGACACCAAGGGUCUCGUCUCCCAGCAGCUCGACUCUUUCGAUGAAUUCAUCUCUUCGACCAUGCAGGAGCUAGUGGAGGAACAAGGACAAGUGGUUCUCGAUCAAACCCUCCCACCCGCCGAAGACGAAGUCGACCCAAUCGUCGUUCGCCGUUAUGAACUCAAGUUCGGAACCAUCAUGCUUUCGCGACCAUCAGUAACAGAAGGUGACGGUGCGACAACGAUCAUGUUGCCGCAGGAAGCCCGCCUCCGAAACCUGACCUACGCCAGCCCGCUGUAUCUGAACGUCUCGAAGAAAAUCAUGGAAGGCCGAGAGCGCAUGGUCGGUGAUGGCGAUGAGGAUGAGGCCGAGCCCGACGAGGAUCGGAAGAACCGUGGAACAUACCUGCAAUGGGAGACCAAGGAUCUUCCUGAGCAACAAAGGAAAGAGGAUACAGUGUUCAUCGGAAAGAUGCCCAUCAUGCUGAAGUCCAAGUACUGUAUCUUGAAGGAUCUGAACGAGCAGUCCCUCUACGCCUGGAACGAGUGCCCCUACGAUUCCGGUGGUUACUUCAUCAUCAACGGUAGUGAAAAGGUUCUGAUCGCGCAGGAGCGCAGUGCUGGAAACAUCGUGCAGGUCUUCAAGAAGGCGCCUCCGAGCCCGACACCCUACGUCGCCGAAAUUCGAAGUGCCGUUGAGAAGGGAUCUCGGCUCCUCUCCCAGCUCGCGCUCAAGCUGUUCGCCAAGGGUGACAGCGCCAAGGGUGGAUUUGGCCCAACUAUUCGCUCUACCCUCCCCUACGUCAAGUCCGAUAUCCCCAUUGUCGUUGUUUUCCGAGCCCUCGGUGUUGUCUCUGACGAAGAUAUCCUCAACCACAUUUGCUACGACCGCAAUGAUACCCCGAUGCUGGAGAUGCUCAAGCCGUGUAUUGAGGAGGGUUUCGUCAUUCAAGACCGAGAGGUUGCUCUGGAUUUCAUUGCCAAGCGUGGCUCAUCCCAGUCAAACCUGAACCACGAGCGCCGUGUGCGGUACGCUCGGGAGAUUAUGCAGAAGGAGUUGCUGCCUCACAUUUCGCAGAGCGAGGGUAGUGAAACUCGCAAGGCUUUCUUCCUGGGUUAUAUGGUUCACCGUCUUCUCCAGUGUGCUCUCGGUCGCCGCGACGUUGACGACCGUGAUCACUUCGGAAAGAAGCGUCUCGACCUGGGUGGUCCCCUUCUUGCCAACCUUUUCCGUGUUCUUUUCACUCGUGUUACUCGCGAUUUGCAGCGUUACGUUCAGCGCUGCGUUGAGACCAACCGUGAGAUCUACUUGAACAUUGGUCUCAAGGCUGCCACCUUGACAGGUGGUCUGAAGUAUGCCCUUGCCACUGGUAACUGGGGUGAACAAAAGAAGGCAGCUAGCGCCAAGGCCGGUGUGUCCCAGGUGCUGAGUCGUUACACAUUCGCUUCUUCGCUCUCGCAUUUGCGCCGUACCAAUACACCUAUUGGUCGUGAUGGUAAGAUUGCCAAACCGCGCCAGCUUCACAACACCCACUGGGGCUUGGUGUGUCCCGCAGAAACACCCGAGGGACAGGCUUGUGGUCUUGUCAAGAAUUUGGCACUUAUGUGCUAUAUCACUGUUGGUACUCCUAGUGAGCCCAUCAUUGACUUCAUGAUUCAGCGAAAUAUGGAAGUUUUAGAAGAGUUCGAGCCCCAAGUGACACCGAAUGCCACAAAGGUCUUCGUCAACGGUGUUUGGGUUGGUAUCCACCGUGACCCAUCGCAUCUGGUCAACACCAUGCAAUCUCUUCGUCGACGAAACAUGAUUUCUCACGAAGUCAGUUUGAUUCGGGAUAUCCGCGAGCGAGAGUUCAAGAUUUUCACCGAUACUGGUCGUGUGUGCCGUCCAUUGUUUGUGGUUGACAAUGACCCGAAGAGCGAGAACGCUGGAUCGUUGAUUCUCAACAAGGAGCACAUUAAUAAGCUGGAACAGGACAAGGACCUACCCCCUGAUAUGGACGUGGAAGAGCGCCGGGAGCGCUACUUCGGAUGGGAGGGUCUGGUCCGGUCCGGUGCAGUUGAAUACGUGGACGCGGAAGAAGAAGAGACCAUUAUGAUUGUCAUGACGCCUGAAGAUUUGGAGAUUUCCAAGCAGCUCCAGGCUGGCUAUGCACUGCCCGUGGACGAGACCAGUGACCCGAACAAGCGAGUCCGUUCCAUUCUGAGCCAGCGCGCACACACCUGGACUCACUGUGAGAUCCACCCCAGUAUGAUUCUCGGUGUCUGCGCCAGUAUCAUUCCUUUCCCCGAUCACAACCAGUCGCCUCGUAACACCUACCAGUCUGCCAUGGGUAAGCAGGCCAUGGGUGUUUUCUUGACCAACUUUUCGCAGCGUAUGGAGACUAUGGCGAAUAUUCUCUACUACCCGCAGAAGCCUUUGGCCACCACUCGGUCAAUGGAGUUCCUUCGUUUCCGCGAGCUGCCCGCCGGACAGAACGCGAUUGUCGCCAUUGCCACCUACUCUGGUUACAACCAAGAAGAUUCCGUCAUCAUGAACCAGAGUAGUAUCGAUCGUGGUCUGUUCCGCAGUCUGUUCUACCGUACAUACACCGAUUCCGAGAAGAUGGUUGGCUUGACGGUUGUCGAACGAUUCGAGAAGCCGCUGCGCUCCGAUACCAUCGGUAUGCGCAAGGGUACCUACGACAAGCUGGAUGAUGAUGGAAUUAUCGCUCCCGGUGUUCGUGUUUCCGGAGAGGAUAUCAUCAUCGGAAAGACCGCACCUCUGGCGGCCGACGCAGAGGAGCUUGGUCAGCGUACUAAGGCCCACACCAAGAUCGAUGUGUCCACACCGCUGCGAAGUACCGAGAAUGGUAUUGUUGAUCAGGUGUUGAUCUCCACCGGAAAUGACGAUCUUAAAUUCGUUAAGGUCCGUAUGCGCACCACCAAGAUUCCCCAGAUCGGUGACAAGUUCGCCUCUCGUCACGGUCAGAAGGGUACCAUUGGUAUCACCUACCGACAAGAGGAUAUGCCCUUUACCCGCGAGGGUGUUGUGCCUGAUCUGAUUAUCAACCCCCACGCCAUUCCCUCUCGUAUGACCAUUGCUCACUUGAUCGAGUGUCAAUUGAGUAAGGUGUCAGCUCUGCGUGGUUUCGAGGGUGAUGCCACUCCGUUCACCGAUGUCACUGUCGACUCGGUUUCUCGUCUACUUCGUGAGCACGGUUACCAAUCUCGCGGUUUCGAGGUGAUGUUCAACGGCCACACCGGUCGGAAGCUGGUUGCGCAGGUUUUCCUGGGUCCCACUUAUUAUCAACGUCUGCGCCAUAUGGUCGACGACAAGAUUCACGCCCGUGCCCGUGGUCCUACCCAGAUUCUCACCCGCCAGCCCGUUGAAGGUCGUGCCCGUGACGGUGGUCUGCGUUUCGGAGAGAUGGAACGUGAUUGUAUGAUUGCGCACGGCGCCAGUGCAUUCUUGAAGGAGCGUCUCUUCGACGUUUCGGAUCCUUUCCGUGUCCACAUUUGCGACGACUGCGGUCUGAUGACCCCCAUUGCGAAACUGAAGAAGGGUCUAUUCGAGUGCCGUCUCUGCAACAACAAGCACCGUAUCUCGCAGGUACACAUCCCCUAUGCCGCCAAGCUUCUGUUCCAAGAGCUGGCCUCGAUGAACAUUGCCGCUCGGAUGUUUACCGACCGGUCGGGUGUAUCGGUGCGGUAA